AUGCUCCAGCCGUCACCCUUCGACUAAAUUGACGAUGGUAGUCCAGCACCUCGAUGAGUGGCUGAUUCGACCUGUACCCAACCCGGUACCUCAUGACUGCCUAGCUUGCCCCUCAACCGAUCCGUGAUCAAGAAGAAACGCUCCUUCCUUGCCGGCAAAUUCUCGUUCGGCGCCUCUUCCGCUCGCACAUCGACUCCGAGUGGACUCGACGUCUCAAGAGCCUCGGCGGCAACCUUGAAGGACCAGCAGCACAAACUAGCCGACUUGAUCGCUUCGAGAGGUGGGACCUACCUCGGUGUACCUCUGCCACUGCGCUUGCCGCUCCACGCUUGA